AUGCUUGCUUGUAUUCUAAUAGGUGUGGAGGUAUUAUUAGAUAAGGCUUUGGAGGCUUUGUUUGAAGUUAUAGCAAGUGGAGAUAUAUUGGAUAAGUUUCUGGGUCUUUUACGAUUAGUACUAGGGCUGGGUGAUUUGGUUGGUGUGUGUGCUGGGCCUAAGUACCGACAUCUUUAUGGCAUUGUUGACACUAGAGCUGUUAUUUGUUUUGGUGUUUGGGGUCUGUUUGUAGUUGAUACAAA